UUCAUCCACUCCUCGAUCAAUAUUCUGUCGUUUCUCAAAUUAUCAUGGCAUCUUCCAGCAAUCGGAUGACAAUUGAAGAGUUGCGAUCAACUCACAGAGUCGAAAGACAGAUGUAUCGGAGACUAACGAUGGACAUGCGUAAAGAACCUCUUGCAUGUAUGGCUAUAAUGGCAUUAUGGCUGUUUAUGGAAGAACUGGGAUAUCCCAGUGUCAUUUCUACGUUACUGACGUACCAAAGUGAUAUUCUUGAUUCAGCCUUGUCGGAAGCACAAUCGUUAGCGCAUUAUAUCGUUACCAGAACACCACCUCCUUCUUCUUUGAUUGAUAUGCCGAUAACGUUAAGAUUGAUUCACGCUGUCGGAUCUCGGAGGUUUAUACCUCUGAAAAAUCUGUUCGAACAUGGGACAAUUCCGUAUAUCAAAGUCCAGAAAAUAGUAAAAGAUGUUUGCGGUGCGUUGUUUGAAGACAUCUUCAGAGAGGCGAUGAAAUCAAGGAACAAUGCUACUGAUACUACCGUGCAUAGCCAGAGAUUAUUUGAGGAAAUUUGCGGCUCUUCUUCGUUGCCUACUGUCGAGGAACCACAAGCAGUACGAGUUAUUACUCCGCCGAGUGAACAAACUAUGUUGGUUACAUUCUCUAGAGAAUUUCCAAUAACUACUGAAGAUCAUGUUCGAGAGUAUUUUGUCGUGAUGCAUGGGGACUGCAUAGAAAGAAUCCAUAUGCAAGACCCGAAACCACCACAAAGACAAUCAAUGGGCGCUAAGAUUAUUUUGAAGGACUCCGAAACAAUCCAUGAAAUCCUUGGCGGCAAAGAGAGCGUUCGGCUUUUAAUCAAUGGACUUCAUGCGGAUGCAAGGAGAUGUGAACUGGGGGAAGGCAGUCAAUAGUGAUCGAUGAUUAUAGAAUCUGUCCUGCAUCAAUGCACAAGAAGCAGUUUCUUGUUGGGUCUUUUUCUUAAUGUUUUGCAAGAUCUUGUUUUUGUUAUUUUGAUGCGCAUGAAUUUUAAGUAACUAUAUAUGCUGAAAAAAUUCAGUGGAAUAAAUCAGUUUAAA